AUGCCGUUAGCACAUUCCGCUAGCGGUUCGUCUGGUGGUCCAGUUCAUAGUGCAUCUGCAGCGUCAUCGAAUGUUCCUGGUAGUGGUGGUGGUGGUGCAUCGUCAAAUCAGAUAUUUUCUCUUACAGGUGCUAUAACGAAUCCCACAAUACAUCAGCAGCAACAUCAUCAUCACCAUCAGUCUCAUCCAACGUCAGAUAGCUUGCUGUUAGCGUUACGCCAAAAGCCAACAGCAAGAUUAUUUCGCGCACUUUUUCAAUAUAUACCAGUACGUGAUUCGCCGAAUGAUAAUCCUCAACUUGAGCUGCCCUUACAAGCUGGGGAAUAUAUUCUUGUACAUGGCGAAAUGGAUGAAGAUCAGUUUUAUCACGGCGAGACGUUAGAUGGACAAAGUGGAUUGGUACCAUCAAAUUAUGUGGAAAGAGUUACCGAUCAGCAGUUAUUAUCAAAUUCAUCUAGAGCUCCGUCACCAUCAUUUCCUCUUAUUGUGCCUCCACAUUUAACUCAAAUUGCACAUGAUUUCUCUACACCAUGCACCAGUCAGCAACCACUGCCAGAUUCUGUUUGUCCUUAUCCACCCGUUGAUAUCACGAAAGUUACUGUUCAGGAAAUUCGGCAAACUGAAACUCCACGUGGUUAG